GCUGUUAAGCCCUUGAGCUGAGCGGGCGGCGCCGUCGUGUGGCCGCGGGUGGGGAGUACGCGUGCGUGACGUGUGCGCUAGGCCCGCGGGGAGGGAGCGGGGUUGUCAAGGGGAGAGCGCGUGCGUGACGUGUGAUCUAGGCCUGCUGGGAGGGGCGAGGAAUGCGGGGAAGAGCGAGUGCGCGUGCGCGACAUGUGUGUGCGCUUCACGUAGUGACGUGUGCGUGUGCGUUCCUUGUGCGCUGGGAUUACGGGGCGCUGGGAGGCUGUGGGAGAGAACGACUGCCCCAGGAAGGGGGCUCGGAAAUACAUGAAUUUCCUGGACCAAAUAGCCGCUGGGAGAUUUGUCUUGCUUAGCUGUGAAAUGCGGAUAUCUAGAGUGCUUGCCGCAUUUUUUGUGUUGUUUUGAGCGCUCACGUUUUGUUAGCUGCUGUUGUAUUUAAUUGUUUUGUAUGUAAUGCAGGCGGCUGGAGCUUGGAUGAGUCUCUAGGGCCUCCAUUCCUCAGUUAAUUCGUUUGCGAAAUGGGAUUGUAGGGGGCUGGACCAGCUAGCCACCAAGGCCUUUUCCUGGCUCUAACAUCACCCAGAUCCCAAGUUAUUAUUUAUUAUGUAUUCAUUUGUUAUUUGUUAUGUAUAAUUAUGACACGGUAUCCUGAAGCCAUCGAAGGCUGUGUGACGGUGGAAGGUCUGAGACAAAUUUAAGAAGAGAGAGAACCUAAAUUGGUAAUAAAUCAGUAAGAAACAAAUGUUUACAUUCACUCAGUGAAAAGUAUCAUGUCUAAGCUCAACAUAAAUCGGAGCCACACAUGGACAACUCUCCCUCCUCCACUAAGAGUGAAAAAUGAACAAACCCCAGGAACAAGUGUCAUUCAAAGAUGUGUGUGUGGACUUCACCCAGGAAGAGUGGUACCUGCUGGAUCCUGCUCAGAAGAUACUAUACAGAGACGUGAUCCUGGAAAAUUACAGCCACCUUGUCUCAGUAGGGAAUUGCAUUACUAAGCCAGAAGUGAUCUUCAAGAUCGAGCAAGGAGAAGAACCUUGGAUAUUAGAGGAAAGAUUCCCAAAACAGUGCCGCUCAGAAGACUGGAAAGUUGAUGACCUGAUAGAGAGCAGCCAGGAAAAUGAAGAUGAACUUUUUUGGCAACUUGCUUUCACCAACCAAACUUUAAGUACAGAUAGUGGUGACAGAGUAAGGAAAACUUUAAAUCUAGGUACAGACUCUGUUCCUUCAAGAAAUUUUCUGUAUAAGAUAUGUGACACAUGUGAAAUGAGUUUGAAAAAUAUUUCAGGCUUAAUUAUUAAUAGAAAGAACUAUUCUGGAAAGAAGCCUGAUGAGUUUAAUGUAUAUGAGAAAUUGCUCCUUGAUAUUCGGCAUGAGAAAACUCCUACUGGAGGGAAAUCUUACAAAUAUAAUCAAAAAAAGAAUGUCCUCAAUCGUAGCCAGGAUCUCACUCAGCCAAUUUUUGACCCACCUUUUGAGUAUAAUGAAAAUGGACAAGGCUGCCAUGGGGAGGCAGACUUUUUCACAAACAAGAAAGCUCAGAUAGGAGAGGCACACUGUAAAUAUAAUGAAUGUGGAAGAACUUUCAUCCAAAGUUUAAAGCUCAGUUUAUCUCAGAGAACUCAUUUGGAAAUGGAGCCAUAUGAAUGCAGUAUUUGUGGGAAGUCCUUCUAUAUGGAUUUAAGAUUGGGGCAUCAGAGAGCUCUUACAGGGGAAAAUCCUUAUAAUGAAUAUGGGCAGAUUUUCUAUGACAGUUCAGCUUUCAUUAUCCAUCAGGGAAAUUACACAAGAAAGAUCCCCCAUGAAUAUAAAGUAAGUCACAAAAUGUGGGAAAAGUCAACCCUCUUUAGACAUCAGAUAGUACACAUGGGGGAAAAACCUUAUGAGCACAAUGAAAAUGGAAAUACUUUCAACAAGAAGUCACAUCUCACCCAACUUCGAAGAGCUCACUCAGGAGAAAAAACCUUCGAAUGUGGUGAAUGUGGGAAAACAUUCUGGGAGAAGUCAAACCUCACUCAACAUCAGAGAACACACACAGGAGAGAAACCCUAUGAAUGUACUGAAUGUGGGAAGUCCUUUUGUCAGAAACCACAUCUUACCAACCAUCAGCGAACACAUACAGGAGAAAAACCCUAUGAAUGUAAGCAAUGUGGAAAAACGUUCUGUGUGAAGUCAAAUCUCACUGAACAUCAGAGAACACACACAGGGGAGAAACCCUAUGAAUGUAAUGCAUGUGGAAAAUCCUUCUGCCACAGGUCAGCCCUAACUGUGCAUCAGAGAACACACACAGGAGAGAAACCCUUUAUAUGUAAUGAAUGUGGGAAAUCCUUCUGUGUGAAAUCAAACCUCAUUGUACAUCAAAGAACUCACACAGGAGAGAAACCUUAUAAAUGUAAUGAAUGUGGGAAAACUUUCUGUGAGAAAUCAGCUCUCACUAAACAUCAGAGGACUCACACAGGGGAGAAACCCUAUGAGUGUAAUGGAUGUGGGAAAACCUUUAGUCAGAGGUCAGUACUCACUAAACAUCAGAGAAUUCACACAAGGGUGAAAGCUCUUUCAGCAUCCUGAACGUUCUGAAGCCUUUAUCCACUCUUUCAAAUUCGUUAUACAGGUUUUUAAAAUGAGAUUAAUGAAACCCAAAGAAUGCCACAAAUUAUUAGAAAGUGAGGUUUUGUUGUACUUCAGAUAAUUAGUACUAGAAUAAAACCUUAUAAUGUUUUGAAUAUGUGAAAGCUUUCAAGAAAAAUUAAAACUUUCCAUCAGAAAAUUUAUAUUGAGGGGAAAUUCAUUUAAAUAAUAUGGCAAAAACCUUUAUCUAGAAUUUAUGUUGUGUAGUGCCAUAUUCUGGAUGUGAUGCCGAAAUUUUAUUGUAAAUAUAAUGGAUGAUACUCAUUUACAGUCAUACUCACAGAAUCUGAAGUUUAAAAAAGUUAAAUGACAACAGCAUUAAACAUUUAUGCGAAGAGUCCUUGAUGUUUGCAGGCCUUAUGUGAGUAUGCUAAUAUCAUAGAAAUUUGAGGUAUUCUUGAUAUGUAUAUUAGAGCCCAACAUGCUUGUGAAGAGAAACUCUGAACCCUUAGUUAAGUAACUAUUAUGGUCUAUAUUAAUAUUUCCCACACUAGAUACCAUCAGCGUCUUUAUAGGUUGACACAAUUAUGUACAUAUGUAUAUGUAAAUAUGUUUAUACACACAUACCAACACACAGUGGUGUACUGCAGUAAGCUUAUACUGGCUUGCAAGUACUGCUGAUUGUUAAAUUUUCAGGAAUUUUGUGAGCCAGUUGUUAAACAGAGUCAUUAUUUAAAAAUUAAACUAUAUAAACUUACAGUUAAAUAUUUAAAAAGCAAGGGUAAUAAGUAUUCAACAUUCAUCACUUCCUAAUUACUUUACAGUAUUUUGCUGUUAUCUUUGUUCUUUAGGUUAUUUGUAUUGUUGAAUCUGCAUGGUGAAUACUGUAUAAUGAUGUGCUACUGGAUAUCUCUUCCCAGCUCUACAUUCAGUGCCAUCAUGUUGGUAGCUUGGCUUUAGUGGGAGUAUUUACACCAUGAUAAUUGGCAAACUCUACAAAUCAGGGUUUUGUUUUCUCAGAGAACCUGUAGUCACAUAUUUACAGUAGCACAUCACUGUGUAUUUGUGAAAAUACAUUUGGAAAAUUUAAAGUACAAGCCACAUACCCCUUUUUCCAUUUCCUGAUAUAAAUAAAUGGCUAUGGCCAUUAUUGCUGAAUGGCCUCUUCAAUAGAGAAGCCAAAAUAUGUUUUUGUGAGGUUUUUAACUACCUCUGCAUCAAUCCUAUUCUAAAUACUACCAGAGUCUCUCUGUAGUAUGGCCAGUAUAUGCUAUUUUACAACCAUAUUGCUUACCUUUCUUCUGACUUUGCUGGCAUAUGUGAAUGAGUAUGGCCAUUUUUACUGAGCUUCCACUUCCAUAAAAGAGCCAAACAAUAUUUUUCUGAGGUUACUCAGCUGCCUUGGGUCAGUCAAUAAUGUAAAUGCUAUUAAUAACGAUAUUUACAUAAAUUUCGCAAAGGUUAACAUCAGUUAUGAACAGUAAUGCUCACUGCAUUCUACAAAUAAAAAGUAGUGGUGUAUAAUGAAAUGCCUCUGUCAUAUUCUUGGUGCUUCGUUGCUGUAUCUAUUUAGGCAUGAUGUGUGUAACCUGAGUUGUAUGUAACAAAGGAACUAUGUAUUUGUAUUUAAUUUAAUAGACUGUAAUAUACUGUCUCUCUCUCCUUUGUCCUACUGUUACCUUUGCUUCCUUGGAACACAUUGAAAGCAGUUCCAAGAGAUACUGCCCACCCAGCAGCCAAUCCCUGCUUCUUACUUGCUGGGCUGUUUUGUCUCUUUGUCCGUCCUUCCCCCAGAUGAUUUAGGGGGAAAUCCACAUUAGUCUAAGUUAAUCAUGAAGAUUCUAUUCUAUUGAUUUUGUUGGGAUGGACAUGUGAGCAGUGAGAUAUUUGGAAAAUAUUCUGCAGUGCUUUGGGGAAAGAUCUCAGUGAUAAAAUAUUGUCAUGACAUGGGAAGAGGUUGUCUCUCUUCUGCUGGACAUUUUCAUGUCUGUAUGUUACACUAGAUUAUAGUUGUGACCCUGAAGGACAAUAGCCUGAAGAUAACAGUACACAAGAUGGGAAAAGCCUGGCUCAGAGGUGACGUCACUAAGCUGCACAACUCUUUUUGGACCUGCUCUCUACUAGGAGUUUGUAUUACUGUGGCAAUAGUGGCUUCUUAUUUAUUCUCAGGGAUGUCUGUUAUUUAGACCUGAAGGCAGUCCCCUGAUACAGAUGAAUUCUUUUCUAAGUGUUAAUGUUCUAUACAGCAAUUUUAGGGAAGAAUUACUUCUUUUGACAAGUUAGUAUAGGAUGGCUGUUAGUAUCAGCCAUGGUUCUGGUGAAAAACAGAAUUCUGCUUCAACUAAGAAGACUUCAAUGGCAGACUUAUUACAGUACAGUAGUUUGGGCCAAAAACAAGGGAUAUUGAAGCACCUAGAGACUAAUGUCACCAGGAAGCCAUUACCAUUCUAAGUCCUUAAGGGGAAAAGGAUAGAAGCAAGUGUUACCAGAGCCCAAUAAGAGCUGCUCUUAUGGAGGAGGGACCUCCUCAUAGGAGAUACUGUCACUACCAAAAUUUUGGCACCAAAUCCCCAGAACCCUCAGAUGCCACCUGCAGGUGAGCACAGGUGGGCACAGAGAAUGUAGAAGGGAAGGUCUGGGUGGAGCUAUUGGAGAAUAAGCAGCACAGUGUUUUUUAUUCCUGUAAAUUCCUAUAUAAAGGCUCAGUGUUAGAAAUAAAGUUAUUCUACUAGUUGAAAGUUAAGUGUUUCUGCCUCAUUGUGCUGUUACGUUGUCAUAAAGUAAAUUCCUUUUGGAACUGAGCACUGUGGCAGGUAUGUCUCUUCUUUGGCAUAUGUGAAGCAGACAUGUUAAAUUGAUUAUUCAUAUAGCCCUACCUGGUGUUUCUUGUCAUAUGUGGUGUGAGGUUAGCAGCUCUCUGUUCUUCCAAAUAGCCAGUCCUCUCUGCACUGUUUGAUUAAUUCAUCCUUUUUCUUGUUGGCUUGAUAUGACCAGUUGGGAUAACUGGUUACCCACCUCGAGAGCAUAAUAAGAGUAGGUGUUUACCUCACAUAUUAUAAUGAGUACAUUUUUGUGUGGAUUUUUAAUUGAAAUAUAAUAUUUUGACAGUAUUUCUGAUUGGCAAAAUUUAAAUGCCCAUAAAAUAAGACUCCAGUGUAUUAUAAAUUCUCUAUAGGUAGAUAUAUAUGGAUUAAAAUACAUGGCAAAAGGCCCAGGAUACCUGCUGAACUAAAAGCCAAUAGUUACUUCAGGGGAGGUAACUGUUGGGGUAGAGACUGAAGCAUAGUCAUCUGUUAUACUCCAAAGAGUAUUUAUGCCCUCUUCUCCCAAUAUGGGCCCUGAUUAAUCAGCACAGUCCUAGGAAACCUUAGGAAAUUUCGCUACCUCCUUGGGCACCAGUCAUGGCCGCCAUGCUUCUCCAAGUUCCUCUUUUAUUUUAAGGAAUGUGAUUAAAGACUGACAAGAGCAGAGCAUGUCUUCACAAGGGGCUUCAAGGAAUUCUGAACCCCGUCUUAUUCUUUAAGGACUUGGGCUUCUUUUCGGCAGGUUAGACAACUGAGAAUUUUUGGCUGUGUGUUAUUGGAAGUAAGUUCAGGGUAAGAUCUACUCUUUCACAUAGGGAUAACUACCCCUAUUUUGUAGAUGAGGAUACUGAGCCCAGAGAGCAUCAACCAUUCCAUCCUGUGGACUCCAGACAUGCUCAAGGUGGGGCAUGCAAGAUAUUAAGCAUUACUUCUCUACCUCCUCAAGCAUCUGAGGGGAACUUGCUGUCAAACAGUGGUGUCUAAGAGUAGACGUCAGUUCCUCAAGAUUAUGUAGUGGCUAUUGCCACUUUUCUACGUUCUUCUAGUAAUGUAACCUAUUCUUGUGAGCAUGGAGUUGGCAUUUACUCCAGAUGGUACCAUCUAUUCCUGGCUCCACGUCUGUAUUCAGCCAGGAAUGAUCCUAUGUUAAAAUAGGCCAAUGAGAACCCAUCCUAGAAUAUUUUUAUUGAGAAGUCAUCGUGACCAGAUAGUUUGUGUCCUUCUUGCUACCAGCAGCCAUAUCAAGAAAAUAUAUCUGCAAGGGAGAAGAUGAUGGUGACAAGUGUUAUAAAAAUAAAAUGGGAAAAGUUGUCAGAAAGAUGGUUUGAUUUUACGUAGUGCGGAGAGGGAAAGACCUCAUUGGGGAGGCCAAAGUGGAGGGAAAGAGGCAUUUGGAUCUCUGGAGGAAGUUGUGUGUGCGUGUAAUACAUACACAUGUGUAACCUGCUUUUUUUUUUUUUUUUUUAAUUGGGCCCAUUUUCUGUCUUGAACUUGACCUCCCCUUGCUUGGUAUGAGCUAUCAUCAUGCCUAUGGUUGGCAGGGAAAGGUGGAGCCGUAGCCUCUGGGAGGGUUUAAUUCAUGGGUAUCCUAGAUGUCCUCAGCCACUACCCCUGUUUAUUGCCCCCAGUUGGAGACUGCAGCUGUAGUUGCCCUGAACCUACCCCUUUAUCUGUGUUUUUCUGGGGAAGGCUUAUCCUGUUGAAUCCCUGUUAUUUUCACUUAAUCUUCUGCCACCCCAACACCAUUUAUUAAAUAGGCCCAUUUCUCUUCACUUUUUAAAAAACACUACCGAUAUCAUAUACUGAAUUCUUACGACAAUCUUAGGACUUCACAUGUUUUUUCCCCCGACUCAAAACUAAAAUAUUUAGAUUGUUAUAGCCAUUAAAGACACAUCUUCAGAUAAGCGUUAGUCUUUAUUUUCACAAAAUGUUUGGCUCUUCCCAUUAUUCCACAUAAAAUUUACAUUUGUUCUAGCAAUGGAACAAAAAAAAUGUGAAAAUACAUAACUUCGUUGAGAUUUUGUUUGGAAUGUUGUGCCGUAACAUACUUCAUUUUGUAUUCAGGAAAAUGAUUUGUACCUCUUAUUACUCAAAUCUUUUAAACUAUUGUUCAGUAAAGUUCGUUUCCUUCA